AUGUCCCUCUCGCACACGGCUGCCGAGUACAUGCUCUCCGACGCCCUGCUCCCGGAUCCCGGCAGUGCCCGAGCCAAGGGCCUGCGGCUGGAGCUGCCGAGCGAUCGCCUGCUGAAGUUUGUCACUGUGGGGCUGCCCCUCUGCCUUGUCUCGCUGGCUUUUGCCCGGGAGUUCUCUGCCGGCUCCCAGAUCAGCUGCUUCUCUCCCACCAACUUCACGGGGAAGCAGUCUGCCUACGCCGACACAGCUUGCUGGGACUCCCUCAUCCACCACGGCUUCGACGCCGAGGGACACGCUGUCACCAAGUCCCUCUGGGCUCUCAAGGUCUUCCCCUACUCGCUGCUGGUGGUGGCGGUGCUGAUGUACCUGCCGUACCUGCUGUGGCGUUACGCCGCCGCCCCCGCCCUGCACUCCGACCUGCUCUUCAUCAUCGACGAGCUGGAUAAAUCCUACAACCGCUCGGUGCGCCUGGUGCAGCACAUGAGGAAGGUCCAGCAGGCCAGUGACGAGCCAGAGCAAUUCUGGGAGGAGUACGAGAGGGCCCGCCGGGAGAGGUAUUUUGAGUUCCCAUUGCUGGAGCGGUACCUGACCUGCAAGCAGCACGCCCACACCCUGACGUUCAUCUACAUCCUAAGGAACCUGCUGCUGCUCCUGUUCCUGGCUGCCACCUGCCUCUACCUGGUCUUCCUCCACCUCAACAUCUUCUUCCAGGAUGAGUUCAGCUGCUCCAUCAAAACAGGGCUGCUCCAGGCAGAGCCCCACAUCCCCCCACUCAUCCCCUGCAAGUUGGUCUUCUUCUCCAUCUUCCAGCUCAUCAGCCUCUCAGUCGGCAGCGUCUACAUCCUCCUUAUCCCCGUCGUCAUCUACAACGCCCUGCAGCUCUGCCAGUGGGACAAGGGGCUGCUCUCCGUCUACGAGAUGCUGCCUGCCUUCGACCUGCUCAGCCGCAGGAUGCUCACCUGCCCCCUCAACGACCUCAACGUCAUCCUCCUCUUCCUCCGCGCCAACAUCUCCGAGCUGACCUCCUUUGGCCGCCUCAACGCCGUCAGCGCCCUGAGGGAAACCACGGCCAACAAGGAGGACAUCGACACCGUCAUCGACUUCAUGACGCUGCUGGCCGGGCUGGAGACCACCAAGCCCAAGCACCACGCUUGCACCCCUGAGGCUGAGGGUGGCACAGCCCUCUCCAAUGGCACGGCCCUAGGACCGAAGCCUGGAGUGGAAACGAUGGGAAAACCCUCCCGGGACUCACUCGGCUCUGCCUGAUCCAGGAGCAGGCAGGGAUCCUGCGAUCCCAGGAUCCACUUUGAUCCACAUCCUUCUUUCCAGCAUCACUUGAGUGCAUUACCCUGGUUCUAACACAGCUGUGAUGUGGCAGCUGGGCUGAGCCCACCUGCUUUUCCUGCAACUGGGCUUUCCCUUCUUAUGUAUGUUUUUCCAGAAAAAGAGGGUUAAACAAUCAAUGUUUUGUACAGAACCUCUUGGGUUCUCUUAUUCCAAGCACUGGGUGCCACAAUGUGCCUCUUCCACACAAAUUUCCGUGCUGUUACAGCAGGAGGGGGAGGAUGGAGGAAUAAAGGGUACUCCUCUGAAGGAAAAAAGGAUCCAGGAAUAAAAUAA